AUGCCAUAUACGCAUCCCAAUUCUCAAUUGACGCUGGAUACGAAGGGAGCGAUUACAGCUCACGACCAUGAUGACGGAGGUAACUAUGUGGGAAGACGAGACCCGGUACUUAACGUGCCGACUUGCAGCCGAGUACGACCCUUGCUCGAAUCGAGCGCAACCACUGCAAAGACACAUGCGGCGAAAAAGGUUGUGCGAUUCAAAGAGGAGCUUGAAAAUGUUAGACUUUUCCGCAAGAUGGACCAUCCUCGGGCUGUGGGCCAGCUUCCUCCGGGCAACCGAUGCCUCCCCGGCAAACGACUCACGGCAACCCUGCAGGAUGCCUCAUCGGUGUUCGUCCUGAGUACCGGCGGGGGUGACUCAAACCUGAGAUGCUCUGCAACUUCGAGAAGCCCCGAGACCAAUGUAUACCUGGAAAAAGUGCGCCUUUUGGGCGAUGCAACGGCAGUAGUUGGGGUUGUAAACGUGAAGAACUUGGCCUUUGAGGAACACGUUACCUGUCGCUUUACACUGGACAAUUGGACAACCCAAUCCGAGGUAGCUGCCGACUACCUCGAGUCCAUCGGAUCGCCAGACGUGGGCGCAGACAGAGACUCAUUCCGCUUCUCCAUACCUAUAUGGGAUUAUAGCCACCUGGGAAGCAACAGGUUGGAAUUCUGUAUUCGCUAUCGUGUAAUUGACCUGGAAUUUUGGGAUAACAACAAUUUUACCGACUUUAUGGUAUCUUUCGAGGUCGAAAGUCAUGACGAUCCUGUCAAGGCUCUGGCGAAUAGUACAGAUGCUCCCGGGGAGACGCACACAGACACACGCAGGGGAAGGGAAGAUGCUUCGGCGAUUGCCGGAUCGUCAGACAUGGCCCUCCGCUGUAACUCUGCCGAACCUGUACGAGUUGGCGCCUUGCGUCGCCGAUACAAUCUUUCUGGAAUGCCGUCUACGAUGCCUCGGCCAGACAUGACCAAGAAAAGGAACCGUGUUGUGGCUGUAAUGAGAACGGGCCCAAGUGUGGGUGGAAGGCGGGCAAUUCAUCAGGAAACGGGGCCGUCAGUUAUCAAGUGA